GGCUCACGGGCCCGGGUGCGGCCGCCUAGCUGUCGCUGGAGCCCAGCGGAGCGAGUGAGCUAUGGCCGGCCUCAACUCUCUGGACGCGGUGAAGCGCAAGAUCCAGGCCCUGCAGCAGCAGGCAGACGACGCGGAGGACCGAGCGCAGGGCCUGCAGCGCGAGCUGGACGGCGAGCGCGAGCGGCGCGAGAAAGCUGAAGGAGAUGCAGCGGCUCUCAACCGCCGCCUCCAGCUGCUGGAGGAGGAGCUGGACCGUGCUCAGGAGCAGCUGGCUACAGCCCUGCAGAAGCUGGAAGAGGCAGAGAAGGCUGCUGAUGAGAGUGAGAGAGGCAUGAAGGUGAUAGAGAACCGAGCCAUGAAAGAUGAGGAAAAGAUGGAGAUCCUGGAGAUGCAGCUCAAAGAAGCCAAGCACAUCUCCGACGAGGCUGACCGAAAGUACGAGGAGGUUGCUCGGAAGUUGGUCAUCCUGGAGAGUGAGCUGAAGAGAGCAGAGGAGCGGGCGGAGGUGUCUGAACUAAAGUGUGGUGACCUGGAAGAAGAGCUCAAGAAUGUAACUAACAAUCUGAAAUCACUGGAGGCUGCUUCUGAAAAGUACUCUGAAAAGGAGGAUAAAUAUGAAGAAGAAAUCAAGCUUCUGUCUGACAAGCUGAAGGAGGCGGAGACUCGAGCUGAGUUUGCAGAAAGGACAGUUUCUAAACUAGAGAAGACAAUUGAUGACCUUGAAGAAAAACUUGCCCAGGCCAAAGAAGAAAAUGUGGGCUUACAUCAGACACUGGACCAGACACUAAACGAACUUAACUGUAUAUAAACUAAACCAGAAGAGUCCCGUUUUGACACCAGCUCCACUCCAGAGAGUGCGCCCUGUCUUCCUUUCCUGUAAGAAGUUCUGCUUAUUAUCACGUCUCCACCUUGCUGGAAAUGCCAAGCAGAUAAUGAAUUCAUGACCGAAUAUUUUGUGUUAGACAAGCUUUGAGCACCAGUUAAUUCUUUCCUUUUCCAGUCAAGUGGCACCAGCUUCUUUGGUUAUUCUUAUUCUUAAAUUGCAUUUAUUCCUAAAAUAGGCAGGGAAUUUCACACUGAAAUAAAUAAUACUCAAAUAACAAAAAGGUCGCUAGCCAUCAAUACAUUGAGCAUUGUUCUAAUACCAAGUGCUGGUCAACAACAGGUCUCUCGAGCAGCAAAGUAGUGAUAGAAAAAGAAAUUGGCUUAACUUCAUCUCCGUUGUUCAGGGAACAACAAUGGAAGCUUGACUUUGCCAAGACUUGAAUUCCUUAGGGAAUGACACUAAUAAAAGACCAAGAACUCCUGAGUGAACUGGAUGUGGGGUGCUCUGUAGGCUGCACAUUUUUUUUGGUUUUCUGCUUUUGCUUUCUCAGUUAACAUCUCACACCGAAACAUUCCACAUUCCGCAGCAAUGCGGGGCCAACUCAAGUUUACAGUCCUGAGUGAGAGUCACCCUGCUUCUAGCCCGUCUUAACCCUGCCCCUCACGCCUAUUUAUUAAGCAUCACACUACCAGGGAGAUGAGCUUCGAGCAAACUGUGCAAUUGAGAAAGCCUACUCUGUUCUGUAGGUUCUUGCAAUUGUAUCAUGCGUAAUAGUAUCACUUUUUCUACAAUUGGUCAAAUAAAUUUUUGCAUAAAUAA